AACUGAGCGUUACAUAUUUUUAAUUCUCUCCCAUACAGAUAAUUAAAGCUAAUAAAAAUUUUCCUUUCAAGGUUUAAUGCUAUUAAGUGUUAACCCCAAAAAUACAACACAUAAAAUAGAAAAGAAGUCUACACCAUGUUUAGACUCCUUUUUGACUUUAAAAUCUCUUGGAAUUUAUAAACCCCAACCAUAAACAACAAAGCUUUUAAUUUCAAAAACCUUUGUUUUCUCCUCCAGAACACAGAUAAAUUCAUCUGAGUUUUCUUUUUACAAAAAUUUCAGAGGCAGAACAUGGGUCUCAAGGAUCUUCAUCACAAGCUCAAGCAGGGUUUGGGGCUGAGAAAGCUCUUGGUGGGAGAUAUAGGAAGGGAUAAGAAAGAAGGUGCCAUUACAAAGAACGCUUCAUGGAUGAUACCAAUAUCACAUGGAUAUCAUGUGGUGGAGAGACAUAAGUCGUUUAGCGGUGGUCUUGAUGACUCGGACUGUGACUCAGUUGUGGUUCAGAGGGAGCAAAUUGAAGAGAUUGAGUUGUGGUUUUUUGGACUUUUCGAUGCUCUAGUUGGUGACCGAGUCACCAAGUACUUGCAGUCACACUUGUUUGGUAGGAAAAUGAAAGAGUCCCGGAUAGGAAGAAAAAGCAAAGAAACAAUGAGAAAGGCAUAUCUUCGAGCUAAGGCAAAGAUCAGAGACACCCAGGAAGCAGAGGAGACAAAGACAGUAUUGGGUUCAGUUUCUGCGAUGGUCAUCAAUGGAGAAAAGCUUGUUAUAGCUAACAUGGGAGACUAUAGAGCUGUGGUUUGCAAAGAUGGUAUUGCUCAUCAACUUGGUAGCAAAAACCUGCAAUCAGCUAAAAGACAUUGGUCUCGCAGACUCAUUUCGGUGAGGAUAUUACCAAGGAAAUCAAACAAUGGAGGAAGCCCAUCAAAAGGCUCUGAACUUCUUGUUGGUGCUGAGAGGAUUGAUUCUGAUACAGAGUUCGUUAUCUUAGCAAGCAAUGGCAUAUGGGAGGUGAUGAAGAAUCAAGAGGCUGUGAAUCUCAUAAGGCACAUUGAGGACCCACAAGAAGCUGCUGAGUGCUUGGCAAAAGAGAGUUUGACUAGAAUGAGCAAAAGCAAUAUUUCUUGUUUGGUCAUUAGAUUUGACUAACAUGUCCAAAAUUCCACUAAUUAUCAUUUGUUUUCUCAGACAGAGGGUUUUAUUAUUGUUAUUAUUAGUGUUUUCUUUUUUUCUUUUUUUUUUUUUUUAAUUGGUCAUAUGAAUUAGAGUCGGUAGAGUUGGGUGUUCA